UCUCCCGGCGGCCUGGCCACUCUCGGGGGCGGACGGGCUUCCGGCGCGGUGUCAGGGGGGCCUGGUGGGCGCUGAUGGCUGAGGAGGAGGAGGAGGGCAGCUGAGAGCUCGGCGGCGCGCCCGGAGCGAGCCCAGGGGCAGGGGGCGGCGAGACCCUCCCCCUCCUGGCCCGGGGGGCGGCGGGACAUGGCGGCCCACAAGCCGGUGGAGUGGGUGCAGGCUGUGGUGAACCGCUUCGACGAGCAGCUUCCCAUCAAAGCUGGCCAACAGAAUACCCACACCAAAGUCAGCACAGAACAUAACAAGGAAUGUCUCAUCAACAUCUCCAAGUACAAGUUUUCCCUGGUCAUCAGCGGACUCACCAAUAUCUUAAAAAAUGUCAACAAUAUGAGAAUAUUUGGAGAAGCUGCUGAAAAGAACUUGUAUCUCUCUCAGCUGAUUAUUUUGGAUACACUGGAAAAAUGUCUUGCUGGGCAACCAAAGGACACUAUGCGGCUUGAUGAGACGAUGCUUGUCAAACAGUUGUUGCCGGAGAUCUGCCACUUUAUCCACACCUACCGUGAAGGGAAUCAACACGCUGCGGAACUUCGCAAUUCUGCCUCGGGGGUUCUCUUCUCUCUCAGCUGCAACAACUUCAAUGCCGUGUUCAGCCGCAUUUCUACCCGAUUACAGGAACUGACAGUGUGCUCUGAAGACAAUGCUGACGUUCAUGACAUUGAACUCUUGCAGUACAUCAGUGUGGACUGUGCUAAACUGAAGCGGAUCCUGCAAGAGACGGUGUUUAAAUUCAAAGCCCUAAAGAAAGUAGCGCAACUGGCUGUUAUCAACAGUCUUGAAAAGGCAUUUUGGAACUGGGUGGAAAACUAUCCAGAUGAGUUUACGAGACUGUACCAGACACCACAGAUGGAUCUGGCAGAAGGUGCAGAGAAGUUGUUUGAUUUAGUGGACGGAUUUGCCGAAAGCACAAAGCGCAAAGCAGCUGUCUGGCCCUUGCAAAUCAUCCUUCUCAUCCUGUGUCCAGAAAUCAUCCAAGACAUAGCCAAGGACGUGGUGGAGGAAAACAAAAUAAACAAGAAACUGUUUUUGGACAACCUCAGGAAGGCUCUUGCAGGCCACAGCGGGAGCAGGCAGCUGACUGAAAGUGCUGCCAUCGCUUGCGUGAAAUUGUGCAAAGCAUCAACCUACAUCAAUUGGGAAGACAAUUCUGUCAUUUUCCUUUUAGUGCAGUCCAUGGUGGUGGAUCUCAAGAACCUGCUCUUCAAUCCGAGCAAGCCAUUCUCCAGGGGCAACCAGAAUGCAGACAUUGACCUUAUGAUCGAUUGCUUGGUGUCCUGCUUCCGCAUCAGCCCUCACAACAACCAGCACUUCAAGACUUGUCUAGCUCAGAAUUCCCCAUCCACAUUUCACUACGUACUGGUGAAUUCACUCCACCGAAUAAUCACAAAUUCUGCCCUGGACUGGUGGCCCAAGAUCGAUGCAGUGUAUUGUCAUUCUGUGGAGCUCCGCAGCAUGUUCAACGAAACCCUUCACAAGGCGCUACAGGGCUCUGGUGUGCACACACCAAUACGCAUGACACCGAGUCUUACCUUUAAAGAGAAAAUGACAAGUCUUAAGUUUAAGGAGAAGCCAACAGACAUUGAAACUAGAAGUUACAAAGUCUUGUUGUUGUCAAUAGUAAAACUGAUCCACGCUGACCCAAAACUUUUGCUCUGUAACCCAAGGAAGCAGGGACCGGAGACCCAGGGCAGCACAGCUGAAUUAAUAACCGGGCUUGUCCAGCUGGUGCCACAGUCCAACAUGCCAGAAAUAGCACAAGAAGCCAUGGAGGCCUUGCUUGUGCUUCAUCAGUUGGACAGCAUAGACUUGUGGAAUCCAGAUGCCCCUAUAGAGACAUUUUGGGAGAUCAGUUCACAGAUGCUGUUUUGUAUUUGCAAGAGACUCACAACCAACCAGAUUCUUAGCAGCACAGAAAUUCUCAAGUGGCUGCGAGAGAUCCUGAUCUGCAGGAACCAGUUUCUUCUGAAAAACAAACAAUCAGAUAGGAGUUCCUGUCAUUUCCUCUUCCUUUACGGUGUAGGAUGUGAUGUUACUGGAAGCGGAGCUAAUCAGAUUUCCCUUGAUCAUGAAGAGAUGAUGCGCUGUACCCCAGGAGCUACGCUCAGGAAGGGCAAGGGGAGUUUCUGCAUAGAAAGCACUGCAGGUUGCAGCGGGACACCGAUCUGUCGCCAAGCCCAGACGAAGCUGGAGGUCGCGCUCUACAUGUCUCUCUGGAGUCCAGAUACCGAGGCUGUACUUGUUGCAAUGUCCUGUUUCCGGCAUCUUUGUGAGGAAGCAGACAUCAGGUGUGGAGUAGAUGAGGUUUCGGUACACAACUUUUUGCCCAACUACAACACCUUUAUGGAAUUUGCAUCUGUGAGCAAUAUCAUGUCCACAGGAAGAGCAGCUCUCCAGAAACGAGCAAUGGCACUGUUAAGGCGAAUUGAGCACCCGACACCAGGUAACACCGAGGCUUGGGAAGAUACCUAUCUAAAAUGGGAGACAGCUACAAAACAUAUCCUCAACUAUCCAAAGACUAAAAUGGAAGAUGGCCAGGUUACCGAAAGCCUCCACAAGACCAUCGUCAAGAGGCGCAUGUCCCAUGUCAGCGGAGGAGGCUCCAUAGACCUCUCGGACACUGACUCCCUGCAGGAAUGGAUCAACAUGACGGGUUUCCUGUGCGCACUUGGAGGGGUGUGCUUGCAGCAUCGCAGCAGUACAGGGUUUGCCACCUACAGCCCUCCCAUGGGUCCCGUGAGCGAGCGCAAAGGCUCCAUGAUAUCUAUGAUGUCGACUGAAGGCAACACAGAGAGCCCCGUGAGCAAAUUCAUGGACCGCUUGCUGUCCCUGAUGGUCUGCACCCAUGAGAAAGUGGGCCUGCAGAUACGGACGAACAUCAAAGAUCUCAUGGGGCUGGAACUGAGCCCAGCUCUUUACCCAAUGCUGUUCAACAAGCUGAAGAGCAUCAUCAGCAAGUUCUUUGAUUCUCAAGGGCAGGUCUUGUUGAAUGACACCAAUACCCAGUUUGUGGAACAGACGAUUGCUAUCAUGAAGAAUCUGCUUGACAAUCACACUGAAGGAAGCUCGGAACACCUGGGACAGGCCAGCAUUGAGACAAUGAUGCUGAAUCUAGUCAGAUACGUGCGUGUCCUUGGGAACCUGGUGCAUGCCAUUCAGAUCAAAACCAAACUCUGUCAACUCGUGAAAGUGAUGAUGGAGAGGCGGGAUGACCUUUCCUUCUGUCAAGAGAUGAAGUUCCGGAACAAGAUGGUGGAAUAUCUGACAGAUUGGGUUAUGGGAACAUCCAACCAGGCAACGGAUGAGGAUGUAAAAUGUCUAACUAGAGAUUUGGACCAGGCAAGCAUGGAAGCAGUGGUCUCUCUCCUUGCAGGGCUUCCCCUGCAGCCUGAAGAAGGAGAUGGAGUUGAACUGAUGGAAGCCAAAUCUCAGUUGUUCCUUAAGUAUUUUACCUUAUUUAUGAACCUCCUCAAUGACUGCAGCGAAGUUGAAGAUGAAAAUGCACAAACGGGAGGCAGAAAGCGUGGGAUGUCCCGAAGGCUGGCGUCAUUGCGGCACUGCACUGUUCUUGCCAUGUCCAACUUGCUCAAUGCGAACGUGGAUAGUGGCCUUAUGCACUCAAUAGGGUUAGGCUAUCACAAAGAUCUCCAGACGAGAGCUACGUUCAUGGAGGUUCUCACCAAAAUUCUACAGCAAGGCACAGAGUUUGACACUCUGGCGGAAACGGUUCUGGCGGAUCGGUUUGAGAGAUUGGUGGAACUGGUCACCAUGAUGGGUGACCAAGGAGAACUACCCAUUGCUAUGGCUUUGGCAAAUGUGGUGCCUUGUUCACAGUGGGAUGAACUGGCUCGCGUCCUUGUUACCCUCUUUGAUUCCCGACAUUUACUCUACCAGCUGCUUUGGAACAUGUUCUCUAAAGAAGUGGAAUUGGCAGACUCAAUGCAGACUCUCUUCAGAGGAAACAGUUUGGCUAGCAAAAUAAUGACUUUCUGUUUUAAGGUUUAUGGUGCAACGUAUCUGCAAAAGCUUUUGGAACCUUUAUUAAGGACCAUCAUUACCUCUUCUGAGUGGCAGCAUGUUAGCUUUGAAGUGGAUCCAACAAGGUUGGAAUCCAGCGAAAGCCUUGAAGACAACCAGCGGAGCCUCCUCCAGGUGGCUGAGAAGUUCUUCCAAGCAAUCAUCAGCUCUUCUGCGGAGUUCCCACCCCAGCUUCGGAGCGUGUGCCACUGUCUGUACCAGGCUACUUGUCACUCUCUCCUGAAUAAAGCUACCGUAAAAGAAAAAAAGGAAAACAAAAAAUCAGUUGUCAGUCAGCGGUUUCCGCAGAACAGCAUCGGAGCCGUUGGGAGUGCCAUGUUCCUCAGAUUCAUCAACCCUGCAAUUGUCUCGCCGUAUGAGGCGGGGAUAUUGGAGAAAAAGCCACCACCUCGAAUUGAAAGAGGUUUGAAGUUAAUGUCAAAGGUGCUGCAAAGUAUUGCCAACCAUGUCCUGUUUACAAAGGAAGAACACAUGCGGCCGUUCAAUGACUUUGUAAAAAGCAACUUUGAUGCUGCCCGGAGGUUUUUCCUUGAUAUUGCAUCGGAUUGUCCAGCGAGUGACACUGUGAAUCAUAGCCUGUCUUUUAUCAGUGAUGGCAACGUACUGGCUCUGCACCGUCUUCUCUGGAACAAUCAGGAGAAGAUUGGCCAAUACCUUUCCAGCAACAGGGACCACAAAGCCGUUGGAAGGCGACCGUUUGACAAGAUGGCAACUUUGCUUGCAUAUCUUGGUCCUCCUGAGCACAAGCCUGUGGCAGAUACACAGUGGUCCAGCAUAAACCUCACCAGCUCCAAGUUUGAAGAGUUCAUGACUAGGCACCAGGUACAUGAAAAAGAAGAGUUCAAGGCCCUGAAAACUCUGAAUAUUUUCUACCAGGCUGGGACAUCCAAAGCUGGGAAUCCUGUAUUCUACUAUAUUGCUAGGCGGUUCAAGACCGGCCAUAUCAACGGUGACCUGCUGAUAUACCACGUCUUGUUAACUUUGAAGCCAUACUACGCUAAGCCAUAUGAGAUCGUGGUGGACCUCACUCACGCUGGACCCAGCAACCGUUUCAAAACGGACUUCCUUUCCAAAUGGUUCGUCGUGUUCCCAGGGUUCGCUUAUGAAAACGUCUCCGCAGUUUACAUCUACAAUUGCAACUCUUGGGUGAGGGAGUACACCAAGUACCAUGAGAGACUCCUGACGGGCCUCAAAGGCAGCAAGAGGCUAAUCUUCAUUGACUGUCCAGGGAAACUGGCAGAACACAUAGAGCAUGAGCAGCAGAAACUUCCGGCUGCCACCUUGGCCCUAGAAGAAGACCUAAAGGUUUUCCACAAUGCUCUCAAGCUGGCCCACAAGGAUACCAAAGUUUCUAUCAAAGUUGGUUCUACCGCCGUCCAAGUCACUUCUGCGGAGCGCACGAGAGUCCUGGGGCAGACAGUCUUCUUGAAUGAUAUUUACUAUGCCUCUGAAAUCGAAGAGAUCUGCCUCGUGGAUGAGAACCAGUUCACCUUAACCAUUGGCAACCAAGGCACGCCUCUCACUUUCAUGCACCAGGAGUGUGAAGCCAUUGUCCAGUCCAUCAUUCACAUACGGACACGAUGGGAACUCUCGCAACCGGACUCGAUCCCACAGCACACAAAAAUCCGCCCCAAGGAUGUGCCUGGGACACUGCUGAACAUUGCAUUGCUCAACCUGGGAAGCUCAGACCCAAGUCUACGGUCCGCAGCCUAUAAUCUUCUCUGUGCCUUAACCUGUACCUUUAAUUUAAAGAUAGAGGGCCAGUUACUGGAGACUUCGGGUCUGUGUAUCCCUGCCAACAACACCCUUUUUAUUGUCUCUAUUAGUAAGACUCUGGCAGCUAAUGAACCACACCUUACAUUAGAGUUUUUGGAAGAAUGCAUUUCUGGAUUUAGCAAAUCUAGUAUUGAAUUGAAACACCUUUGCCUGGAAUACAUGACUCCUUGGCUGUUGAAUCUGGUUCGUUUCUGCAAACACAAUGAUGAUGCCAAACGGCAGCGAGUUACAGCGAUUCUCGAUAAACUUAUCACAAUGACCAUAAACGAGAAGCAGAUGUACCCUUCCAUUCAGGCCAAGAUCUGGGGGAGCCUGGGACAGAUAACAGAUCUGCUUGAUGUUGUGCUGGACAGUUUCAUCAAAACCAGUGCCACAGGGGGGUUGGGAUCCAUCAAAGCAGAGGUUAUGGCAGAUACGGCAGUAGCUCUGGCUUCUGGGAAUGUGAAACUGGUUUCCAGUAAAGUAAUUGGAAGGAUGUGCAAAAUAAUCGACAAGACCUGCCUGUCUCCGACUCCUACAUUAGAGCAGCACCUGAUGUGGGACGACAUUGCCAUCCUAGCCCGUUACAUGCUGAUGCUCUCCUUCAACAAUUCACUCGAUGUGGCUGCGCAUCUCCCGUACCUCUUCCACGUAGUGACUCUGUUGGUGGCCACCGGUCCUCUUUCCCUUCGAGCUUCCACCCACGGCCUGGUCAUCAACAUCAUCCACUCCCUGUGCACCUGCUCGCAGCUUCAUUUUAGUGAGGAGACCAAACAAGUGUUGCGACUGAGCUUGACGGAGUUCUCGCUCCCCAAGUUCUAUUUGCUGUUUGGAAUUAGCAAAGUGAAGUCAGCAGCAGUCAUAGCGUUCCGAUCCAGCUAUCGAGACCGGUCAUUCUCUCCUGGCUCCUAUGAGAGGGAGACUUUUGCACUGACCUCUUUGGAAACGGUUACAGAAGCGCUGCUAGAGAUUAUGGAGGCAUGCAUGAGAGAUAUCCCAACUUGCAAGUGGCUGGACCAGUGGACGGAGCUGGCUCAGAAGUUUGCGUUCCAGUAUAACCCCUCCCUCCAGCCGAGGGCCCUGGUCGUCUUUGGCUGCAUAAGCAAGCGUGUGUCACAUGGGCAGAUAAAGCAAAUCAUCCGGAUCCUUAGCAAGGGUCUCGAGAGCUGCUUGAAGGGCCCAGACAACUACAACAGCCAGGUUCUAAUAGAAGCCACCGUCAUUGCACUAACCAAGCUGCAGCCUCUUCUCAAUAAGGACUCGCCUCUGCACAAGGCUCUCUUUUGGGUGGCCAUGGCUGUUCUGCAGCUGGACGAAGUCAAUCUGUAUUCAGCAGGGACAGCUCUCCUUGAACAAAACCUCCACACCUUGGACAACCUUCGAGUGUUCAACGACAAAAGCCCAGAAGAAGUCUUCAUGGAGAUCAGGAGGCCACUGGAGUGGCACUGCAAGCAGAUGGACCACUUCGUGGGACUCAAUUUCAACUCCAACUUCAACUUUGCACUUGUGGGACAUCUGCUCAAAGGGUAUCGGCAUCCUUCUCCAAUCAUCGUAGCCAGGACUGUACGGAUUCUACACACGCUUCUGUCGCUGGUUAAUAAGCACAGGAACUGUGACAAGUUUGAGGUGAAUACCCAGAGUGUGGCUUACCUUGCAGCUUUGCUGACUGUGUCCGAGGAGGUCCGAAGCCGGUGCAGCCUGAAGCACAGGAAAUCCCUUCUCCUGACGGACGUUUCCGUGGAAAACGUUCCUAUGGAUACAUGUCCCAUCCACCACAGCGAUGCCAGCUAUAGGACACUAAGGGAAAACCAGCCGUGGGCUUCUCCCAAGGGCUCCGACAGGCAUCUCGCCGCCAGCUACCCGACCGCGGGACAGAUCAGUCCGCGCACCAGGAAGUCCAUGAGCCUGGAUAUGGGGCAGCCUUCUCAAGCCAACACUAAAAAACUGCUGGGUACAAGGAAGAGUUUUGACCAUUUGAUAUCAGAUACUAAGGCCCCCAAAAGACAGGAAAUAGAAUCAGGGAUCACCACACCUCCGAAGAUGAGACGGGUAGCAGAAAAUGAUUACGAAAUGGAAACACAAAGGAUAUCUCCACAGCAGCAUCCACACCUCCGGAAAGUGUCAGUCUCUGAAUCGAAUGUCCUCCUGGAUGAAGAAGUCCUCACUGAUCCCAAAAUCCAAGCCCUGUUGCUUACUGUCCUUGCAACCCUAGUAAAAUACACUGCAGAUGAGUUUGACCAGAGAAUAUUGUAUGAGUAUUUAGCAGAAGCCAGUGUUGUUUUUCCAAAGGUCUUUCCAGUCGUGCACAAUUUACUGGACUUCAAGAUAAACACUCUGUUGUCGCAGUGUCAGGACCCAAAUUUAUUGAAUCCAAUUCAUGGCAUUGUUCAGAGUGUGGUCUAUCACGAAGAAUCUCCACCCCAGUACCAAACCUCUUAUCUACAAAGUUUUGGAUUUAACGGCUUAUGGAGGUUUGCGGGACCAUUUUCAAAGCAAACGCAAAUCCCAGACUAUGCUGAGCUGAUAGUGAAGUUCCUUGAUGCCUUGAUUGACACGUACUUGCCUGGCAUUGAUGAGGAAACCAGUGAGGAAUCCCUGCUGACGCCAACCUCACCAUACCCACCUGCUGUGCAGAGUCAGCUCAGCAUUACAGCGAACCUUAACCUCUCUAAUUCCAUGACCUCGCUCGCCACUUCCCAGCAUUCCCCAGGAAUUGAUAAGGAAAAUGUGGAGCUGUCCCCAACCACAGCGCACUCCAACAGUGGAAGGACUCGCCACGGCUCAGCAAGCCAAGUCCAGAAACAAAGGAGCACGGGCAGCUUCAAACGUCACAGCAUUAAGAAGAUUGUUUGAAGCUUUCUUUUUUAAAUUGUUUUGUUUUUCUAAAAUAUCAAAGAACUGACGUACAUAAUGUGGGCUUCUUACUAGUGCCCCCUCUUCCCACCCCGUGCAAGUGGUUACAGCGCACUUGAUCUUCAACGCCUCACCUAUCCUGUCAGCCCUGGUGCCAGAUAAGCCGUUUUUGAAACUUUUGUCUGAUUUUUUUUCAUUUCUGCUUUACUGCAGCUGCCCUGUUCUGUUCUGAGUUCCUUUUUUUCCCUUGCUGGUAAUCUCUGAACUGCUGAAACAGACCCCAAAGGAAACAGGGAAUCAUGGUAGUCGCAUCAAAUACAGAAUUGUCGCUCUCUUACACCUUUUUUCCAUUUUUUAAUCUACUUUAAAGAAAAAGUGUUACUUGUUAAUCCAGUUUGCCUGUUCCUGGUUUUUGUUGACCAGUGGACAUAUUGUUUUUGUAUUCUAAUCUCUUUAGCAGUGGACUGUUGUUUUUUUUACUGUACCGAAGAAGGCCUGUGAUCCCAGCAGCAGGACAACAUGUUUAACCAGAGGGCAAGAUACUGCAGCGUAUGAAAGUCUCUCUCGCGCGCACUCUCUAGCCAGACAUUAUGAAGGAUGUGGGGUGAAAAGCCGGUCUCUUGAUUCCCUAGGAAACAGCCUCCUCUGUGUCUAUGGAGCAGACUGGACAAAAGCUGACAGUAUUUUCUGGCUGACCUUUGACUGGCUUCAUUUGACAAUUGUACAGAUCGGCAGGUGUGGCCACCUAGAAAUCAGCCUCUUCCUUUCAUACAUGCUCCCCAGCCUGGUAGGCACUUCCCUAUUGUCUUUCCCACCCAGUUGCCACUGCUGAAGCACUGUGCAAAAAUGUGUUCUCUGCAAAAACGGGGGGCUUCAGCCCCCUUUCAACCUGCAGAGGCCCCAGACCUUUGCUGUGUCACUGGUUGUUCCCAAGAAGGUUAUGUCACGUACACACUACAUAAUUAAUUUUCCCUGCAUUGAAAUUAUGUGAGUUAUAUGCCAGUUUUGCACAAUGAAGCACCCAGCACAUCAGUUAUAUACAUUCACUGUCAGGGUUUGCCAAACUUUAAUUUGAUAAUGCCUCUUCUGCCCACAUAUAUACAAACAAUAUUUAUUAUUUAUCUGGUGCAUUUUUCUCCUGCCUUUCUUCCAGGUUGUUCAGGGUGUCAUACAAGAUUCCCCCCUCUUCCAUUUGAGGUAGGUUAGCCUGGGAGAGAGGGGCUGGCCUGUCCCUUUUGGCAGAGGGGAGAUUCCAACCUGGCUCUCCCAAUCCUAGUCUGACCUUCUGGCCAUUACUUCAUGCUGGUGUAUGGGUUAUUUUAGCAACUGACGAUUUUUGUCAAAACCAACAGCAUGUUUGAGCUGCUUUUUCUAAGAUCAGCACAAACGUUUUCACAUAAACGUCCCCUGCUGUGUUUGGUUGGGAAGCUUUCAAGUAAGUAUCCCUACCCAGGGACAUAGAUCUGGGAUUUAGGAUCAGCAAAUUGACUCUGCUUUCUGUCACUGCGAACGGUCUGCGGAAAUUGAAGGAUUACGUUUGCAACAGGCAAUGCAUCAUUAUGUUGAGUCAACACAAGCAAAGCUGAUUCUGCAGAUGGGCUGCAUUUGACAGUCAAAAAUGUACAUUUUGUCUAGUUUUGAAAAGGGAGUAGGAGCUCUGAUUUUUAAAUAGGCAUCUACUGCUAAAGCCAAAAUAUAUUUACUUCUAAAAAAUCUUAACCCCACACAACAGUCAAUGAUUUUGUGGCUUUAAAGGGGGAAAAUGUUAAUGAUUCAGCAAAUUAAACUCCACUUAGAUGACAAUACAAGUAAAAGAAUCAUAAUGCCACUAGUAUCCAGUUAACACACAACUCGUUUUAUGUAUCUAAAACAAUUGCCUUCGUUGUUUUGAGACCAAGAAUUGCUAUUAUAAUUCCUGGGGUGAGGAAAUCCGAAUGCUUGGUUUGCCAAACCAAGAAGGAAAUUUUAAAGAGGGACAAUUUCUUUGAGACAGGCAGCUGAGGGGAAUAAACCCUUUUAUCAUAUAGAAAUUGCCACCAAAAUUAAUCAGUUGGGAGACGGGAAAGAUUUAGGGGAAAGAAGUUGAAAGCCCGUUUUUCAGCCUGGUGAUCAAUGGGGGGCCCUCGGUCGUCCAGGGCCCCCCUGCCCUGUGGUUUCCUCUCACUGUGAUGUGCACUAAACCAAAAAUUGGAGAGGUACUUCCAAAAUGAGUGGAAAUUGUACUCUUGAAGAAUUCUGCUGAACCCAAACGGGGACCAGCAAGUGUUCAGCUCCAGGUACUUGCAGACUGGAUGAACUGGGGCAGCGCUUUAUGCAUGUGGAAAAGAGCCCCGUAUAGGUGCCACCUUUACCCUUUGUCCUCUAUGCCAACAGAGGCCGACCCCAACAGAGAGCCAGAAGCUCCUGCCAGAAGGGACUUGCCUGGGGCAUGAAUGGCUUAGUCAAAGGUCAGAGGAGGCCAGCCUAUACUCUGCCCUGGGGACAAUAAGCAAACGGGUAGCCUCUUGUCCCCAAUAAAUGCUAAAGUUUCAAGCCUGGCUGCAACAUGUUCUUACUAUUCUGUGGACAUUCACAGAACAGCCAGACCGUGCCCGUUUCCACACAAAGAGGCACGGAGCAACAGAAGGAGAAGCAACCCAUAUUUGGGUGCACUCAGUGUGUCCUCUGGGCUAGUUGUUGAUAUCAAGGGCUUGGUGAAAUCCUCUGGAGAGCUUGGGGAAGUGAAUCCAAAGUACUUCUGGGCUGGGGAAAGUCCUCUCUCUUCCCAUGAGAAGGAUGGUUCCUCCCCCCGCCCCCCUGGUCUGACCUUCCCAACUUUAUUAUGGCAAAUGGGCCACUGUGCUAAUAGAAGGCCUUUCCCUCAGCGACCGGACGGACGUGGAGAGCGGAGACUCCUGCUGGCUCCGUCGAGUUGUUUUUGGGUCUCACUUUUAUUAACACUUUUUUUUUCUCAUUUUUUGCUGCCAUCGUUGCCCAUCUCUCUCUCUCUCUCUUCCAGACAUUGCCGGCAUACAGGAGAACUAGGAGGGUACAGUGUAGUUGCCAUGCGAGACUUUUUGUGGAGUCCCAAGAACGCUUUCCUGGGAGUAAGUUCCGCUGAGUAAACCCGAGGAGGGUUCUGAGCAGACCCACUUAGGGCUGCUUUCUUGGAGCCGUCUUGUUAGUUAGGGUUUUGUUCGUAUUUUCAGUUGUUUGGGGCUAAAGGCCUGUCAAAAGUUUACCUGGGCAGAGUAGAGAAUUAAGCCAAACACUGAAAGUAGGUCCACGGCAUUGGCCACGUGGCCAUUUGUACUCAGUGGGCCUCAUAAGUUUUUUCAGUCGUGCAAACUGCAUAUUUCUGGUACAAAUCAAAGCUAAAUUUUACUGGAAAUUGUUACAACUGGGAGCACCACCAAAACUGAUACUUUAUGGGGCAGCAAAAAUGAUUUCACUAGGUUUAUCCGGGGGCGGGUGGGGGCACAGAGAUUUUGUUCCUAAUUUUCUCUCAACGGUUUUUAUUGUUUCUGGGCAGAACUGUCAAACUAGAUAGAAGAGCUGAAAUCCCAAACUGCAUGUUCCAAAUGAAGACAGCAUGCAUAGCAAUCGAGAAGCGUCCAUGGCCUUUUCCCAGAGGCUAAUCCGUUUAGCUGAUGAUUUGCUCAGUGCCUUAAAUGUCGCUUUCCUCUACUGGGGGGAGGGGUUGAGCCUCCUUCAGCAUCACAGCUGAUUUCCCUCCCCUCCUCAACUGCCCUUUUUGAAUCUGCCUUCCAUUACUUAGAUGAGUGGUUGAUUCAGUACCGUUGCUUUAAGAAGACCCAGUCUCCAUCCAUGACUCGGGCCCAGGAAUGCUUCCACAGGGCACUCCUGGGUCUCAGAUCCAGGGGGAGGGGAGGGCGGCGCAUCCUUGCCCACUCCUAAGGAAAUUUGGGACUUGCCAAACUGCUUGCAGUGGGCCACUAUCCCCGCGUCCUUUGCAAGCAGAUUGUUGAACGGAUCCUCCUUGCAGCUACACAUCUAGCCUGUGGGAGCAGACCUCUGGCUCGAGAGGCAGCCUGCACUAGCAGCCCUCAAGCAGAGACCCUUUUCUGGCUGUAGGCAAGCUUUGACUAGAAACGUGCCCUCCGUCCAAAACUUAAAAUUCCAAGGGAUCAAAAUAUCAUGUAAGCCAAGAAAUUUAUUUCUUUCCAAGCAUCAGUCUCCACGUGCACUGUGAAAUGUUGUAAAGAUUUUACCUUUUUUUUAUUUCGGUGUCUUUGAUUCAAAGUUAACCUUGAUAUAUUUUACCUGUCAUUAAAAAAAUUCUAUUGACUCCACAAAUGGAUUCCACUUUGGAUGUGCAAGCAUUUCUUUCCUGUAGCCAAGAAACAUGACUAGUACAAUCCUAAACAGAGUUACACCUUUAUAAGCCCCCGGACUUCUAUAGACUUAGAAGGGAGUAAGUCUUCCUAGGAAAGCGUUCUCUGUUGAUGCGCUGGAAGCUGAGCAUUUAAGAAACCUUCAGCUGCCCUUUCCCCGGAGAGGUUUGUGGGGUUUUAGGGCUUCUUUUCCCCUCUGCUUCCCCCCUGCUGUCUCUUAAAAAAAACUUUUUCCAGAUGUAUUAAAGUAUGUCUUAGACACCUAACCUACAAGUGUCAGUUUGAGCAUCGGCCACACAUUAUUUUUUUUAACGCAGUAUACUUACCCUGUAAAUAGUUUUGUGUAAAAUUUGACAGAAAAAAGUAUAUUUACUACACUGUAAAUAUAUGUGACGAUAUAUUGUAUUUUGCUUUUUUUUGUAAAGCAAUUAGUUGCUGUACAUGUAUAACAUAAUGAAAUUUGAUUCUCUUUAGUGUUUAGUAAAUCGUUAACGUACUACUUACUUCUUUUCCUGCUGUUGCGUUCCGCCAUUUAAAGGAGCAAGGCUGUGUUUCAUAAACUUAAACAGUGUAUAUUACAAUCUUUCUCCCUUUCAGUCAGAGCCUCAACUUUGGGCUUUUUUUUCUUUCUUUCUCUGUCUAACAGUCCUGUUAAUAUUAUAAGCACUAGUGCAAGCCCUGGCUGGGAAUUCUGCCAAGUUGCACAUUCAUGGUUGGUUAUUGGAGGCAUAUAUAUAUAUAUAUCUAUAUAUAUAUAAAAAUCUGUAGAAAUCAUGGUUUCAAAUAAUUGUUGUUUACCCCCUACUUUUCCUCAUGUAUGUAAUUCCCUUUUUUUGAAUUAAAAAACAAAUGUAAAUUCAACAUGUGGCUUGAAUUGUCCGGGUUCCUUAUUGCUCUGAGCACCCAGGAAGCAUUAUGUUU